GUGGAUAUGUCGAACUGAUACAACGCUUUCUUAGUAUCAUGGAAACGCACCAAUAAGUGAACAUUCCACGUUUAUAUAACAAUAAGUAGAGGAUAUUUUAUCGGAUAUUCAAUUGUGUUGAUGUUAUCUGAACUUAGAGUUCUGUGAUUUUGGAAACUUAUAGUUUUUAGUGCAUUGAUAUUAAGUUUGUAUACUUUUUUCUGCCACAAGGAUGUCGUUAAGAUUUUUUUUAUCGAUUAAUUUCAGACAGACCCUAACAAAUACCCAGUUGUGGCACACUAAGAAUUAAACAAAAUUACCUCAAUUAUGAUGCAGAAGAUGUUAUGCGUAGUCCCUUGCAAGAGACGGAUCAAGAUUCGAUUGGUUCUGGUCACCCUCACCAUCGUCUCUCUGGUUAUUGGUUGGCAUCUGUCAUAUAGAUGUAGCAGUGCACUGUUACCUCCAGAACCUAACCUGGCCCUCGAUCACUUCAGAACAGACAGAAGUUUGAAGAGCUAUCUCGAAAAAAUCAAUAUCCUGAUAGAGCCUUCGAAGGUGGUAUGUCCCACGACAACGCAAUUACUGGUCCUUGUGACAUCAGCCCCUGAUAGGUUCGAACACCGUGACGCGGUCAGAAAUACCUGGGCAUCGCACUUUCCGACUUACUUCAUCAUGGGUCUCCAUGGGAACACCGUCGAGGAUCUGAUGGUAGAAAACUAUGUGGAAGCAAAAAUGUACAGUGACGUCAUCAUAUACAAGUUCAAAGAUCACUACCAGAAUCUGACUCUGAAGACGGCUCUCAUGCUGGAGUGGACGGCUACCAGGUGCCCCACAGACUUGGUGCUGUUCAAGACUGAUGAUGAUGUUCUGGUGAACCCGUGGGUGAUGAAGCAGCUGGUGAAGGAACACGCUGGCCGCGACCUUGUCGGCUACAAGCUACUAAACAAAAAGUUCCAUCGCGACGUGUACAACAAGUGGUUCGUGCCGAGGUGGAUGUUGAAUGAGGAUCACAUCGAGGAAUAUCUCUCGGGGACAGGAUAUCUCAUCAACGGUUAUCACUUGAGGGACAUCUUGGCGACGGCGUACAGGACGCCAAUGAUCAACUUGGAAGACGUGUACUUCACGUACUUGGUGUCGAAACGGAAACUGGGUUUAAACCUGACGCACGACAGAAGGCUGAGUCCCUUCAAGCCGUGGUUGCCGGGCGCCUGCAUGUACUUCAAGUUGGCGUCAUCGCAUAGUCUAUCUCCAGCGGAAAUGACGCAGCACUGGCGGGGCGUCCAGCGGCUGGGACGCGAGUCUGACAUGGGAAAUGACGUCUGCGGCGACGAUGACGUCACCUGGAGCGAAAUGUUCCUGUAUUGAUCUAUAAGAGAAUAUAAUGUUCAUUGUCUAGUUUUGUAAAGACUGAUCCUAUAUGUAUGUGUUCGGAGUAAUUUUAUUUCAACUUGACAUACAAAUAAAAAUUAGUGAGAAUUUAAUUUAUGUUAUAAUAAUAUAUAAUAAUAUGUUGAUAUUUAUUGAAAAUCUGUUUUAUUGAUAUUAAACUAUAUUCUGCGACCAGGUUUUGCCCGUUAAUGAUGAGGUACAGAGAAUUUUGUUUAUACAAAAAACAUAUAUAUUUUUUUAUAACACAAGAAAUUGUUAUCACUUGCCAUUUUAUCAAAGAAUUCCGAUGUUUAAGAUAAGAGUUAAAAUGACGUACUACGGUUAAGUUUAAGGUUAGGUUAAGGUAAGGUACAAAUUACUUAAUUCCUAGAGGAAGAAGGUAAACCAUGUUCUUCAGUGCAAGUGUUUUAUAUGACAUAUAGUUUAAUUUAGUUCUUAUUUUGACUUAAGUAAACAUAUAUAUGUAUGUAUAUAUAGGAAGUUAUGUUUAGCUUAGAUGUAAGUAUUUUUGUAUUAUAAUAAAAGUUUU